UGUUCUUCCAUCAGUCUUUCUUGUUUGGUGUGGCACCAAUUGCAACCAAACAUGUAUUAGAUUGGGGACUGGGGAGGAGCAACAAUACCAUACUAAGCCUUCCUUAAUCUUGCAGAAACUACCUUUUGUUCCCACUAUGAUGGCUCUUCCUUCACUAUUCUCUCUCUUCAUCUUCAUAGCCUUCGUCUUCCCCAUUUCACACUCAAUACCCUUCAUUGUCCUUCAUGGAAUUGGGGAUCAGUGCUCCAACCAUGGGGUGAAAAAAUUCACCCAGGAAUUGAUCAGCGACUCUGGUGCUGAAGGAUAUUGUGUUGAGGUAGGCAAUGGAUCAUGGGAUUCAUGGUUUAUGUCUUUGAACAAGCAGGCUGAGAUUGUUUGCAAAAAGGUGAAGCAAAUGGAAGAAUUGAAGGAAGGAUACAACAUUGUUGGACUCUCCCAGGGGAAUUUAAUUGGUCGAGCUGUGGUGGAAUUUUGUGAAGGAGGACCUCCUGUUAAAAAUUUCAUCUCUUUAGCUGGCCCUCAUGCUGGUACUGCUUCAGUUCCCCUAUGUGGUUCAGGAAUCUUCUGCUUCUUAGCAGACACCCUCAUCAAGGGAGAGGUUUACAGUAGCUAUAUUCAGGAACACUUGGCUCCUAGUGGAUAUCUUAAAUUACCGAAUGCCAUACCUGAAUAUUUGGAGAAGUGUAGAUUUCUCCCAGUGCUUAACAAUGAAAUACCAGAUCAGAGAAAUUUCACUUACAAGGAAAGAUUCAGUAGCUUGCAGAAUUUGGUACUUAUCAUGUUUCAGCAUGACACUGUUUUAAUACCAAAAGAAAGUUCCUGGUUUGGAUAUUACCCAGAUGGCUUCUUCAAGCCAGUUUUACCACCGCAAGAGACAAAACUCUACAUUGAGGAUUGGAUAGGCUUAAGAACUCUAGAUGAAGCUGGCAAAGUUCACUUUAUUAGUGUUCCAGGAAAGCAUCUGGGAAUCUCCAGGAAGGAUAUGAAACAGCACAUAGUGCCAUAUUUGAUGGACCAGACAUCAUCGAAAGAUAGCGCCAAUAUGGCUAGCUUCUGGAGGAUGCGGGGAGUUAAUCAGAGAGUUGUUCAAAGCAACACAAUGGAGCAAUCUCAAAUGGAGGAGAAAGAACCAUCGAUCACUCCAUUACUUGAUGGAUCGUCAUCAUAUUGGUGGCCUACACCAUUUAAGACUUUCAUUGGUGAAUUGAUUGGUAUUGAUGAAGAGGAAUCUACUAAAAGGGAGUCAUCACGUUAUACUUGAUUGUUAAACUACAUCUAUUAAAUUAUGGAAAAACGUUGUGUUUGGACUGAUCUAGAGAGUUAGCCCGCAUCAAACUAGAUACAUAUUGCAUAAGAGUGUGAUAUGUGUUGUAUUAAUUCAGUUAUUAAGGAUUGAAACGCUUCAUAUGAAAUGCUUAGGUGUUCUAUUUUACUACCGAUAAUUUCCUCUAGUUUACUUUACAAACAGAAAUUUACAGUUAGGCUUAAGAACACUGGUAUAGAGGGAAUAGACUAAAUGUAAGCUUC